CGACUCGUCAACCGCUAGGGGUUCAGUAUUCAUAACUAUAAAUAUGCUGAUUUUAUGGUACAUUUAAAAUCAAGCGAAGCAUUUAAAUUCUAUCGAAAGACGGGGAUCUCAAACGCCGCGUCGGAGUCUUAUUGCCCGAACUUUUCGUAUUUUUACUGCGACUUACGUUGAAGGGAUUCGAUUGUGAAACUGUCGCGGUUUUGUGUGCAGGAUAGGUAUGUCGGCUUCCUUCGACUCCUCUACGACUUCUUUGACAACUUCCGCGCCCACCACAUUCCGGAAGAGGCGUUCCUGGAAUGAUCGGAUCGGGAUCGGUUUCCUCGUGGUCACUUUCGUAGCCAUCAUCCUCGGACUAGCCAUCGGACUCCCGCUUUCAAAAAGAGACACGGGAGGGGGAGGGGGAGCGCCCCCUUCUACAGAUCUCCAGAAGGCGAUCAAUUUACUGGCAAAUAAUCCGCUCAUUGACGGACAUAACGACUUGCCCUGGCAAUUCCGACAAUACGCCAAUAAUUCUGUGUACUCCGUCAAUCUCGGACAGGACAUGCGCAAUACCUGGACUGAAACGUCACCGAUGGAUGACACGAGUUUUCCCAGAAUUCCGUCACAGACGGAUAUCGGGCGGCUCCAAGCUGGCAAAGUUGGCGCGCAGUUUUGGGCGGUAUUUUGCAGCUGUGCAUCCGUUGAUAAGGACGCCGUGAGAAUGGGUUUCGAUACUAUGGAUGUCAUUCAUAAAUUCAUUGAGAAGUACGACGUCUUCGAACUGGCCACUACUGCACAGGGUAUUACCGAUGUGUUCAAUCGUGGGAAAAUUGCGAGUUUGAUUGGUCUAGAAGGUGGUCACAUGAUUGGAAAUAGUUUGGGUACACUGCGCAUGUACUACAAACUCGGAGUACGAUACAUGACACUGACACACAGCUGCGACACGUUAUGGGCUGAUAGUGUAAAGGCAGAUUCUGAAAACCCUCCGUCCACUAGAGGCUUGACAGAGUUUGGUGAGAAAGUCGUCAAGGAAAUGAACCGUCUAGGGAUGAUUGUGGAUCUUUCACAUACUUCUGUACAGACACAGAAGGACGCCAUAAGACUGUCAAGUGCUCCCGUCAUAUUCAGCCACUCGUCAGCCUACACUCUUUGUAACCACAACCGGAACGUUAGGGACGAAGUCCUGAAUCUCACAAAAGAAAACGGAGGCCUCGUCAUGAUUAACUUUUACAAAAAAUAUAUCGACUGUAGUCCAGGCGACUCCAACGGCACGAUUUCCGACAUCGUCCGUCACAUUGAGUACGUGAGAGAUCUGAUUGGCGUGGACUACGUGGGCAUCGGCGCUGAUUAUGACGGAGUCGACGUGUUCCCGGAUGGAGCAGAGGACGUGUCAAAAUACCCGUAUGUAUUUGAGGUUCUAAUAAAUAGGGGCUGGUCCGACAGCGAUCUCAUUAAACUGGCUGGAGGGAAUCUGCUGAGAGUGUUUAGGGCGGUAGAGACGAUUAGGGAUGGUUUAUCAAGUGAGAAUCCAGAAGAGGAUAUAAUUGAUAAAAGUCUUCGGAAUCAGAACUGCACGACAGGAUACUAAUGUCGAAAAGCAGUCCUUGUUUUAUUAUUCCACUACGUCCUAAUAGGCGUACAUUAAUCAGACAGUAUCUCAUUACAAGUCCACGUCUUCUUUAUACAUAUAUACCUAUAGGCGUACAUUAUCAGACAGUAUCUCAUUACAAGUCCACGUCUUCUUUAUACAUCUAUACCUAUAGGCGUACAUUAUCAGACAGUAUCUCAUUACAAGUCCACGUCUUCUUUAUACAUAUAUACCUAUAGGCGUACAUUAUCAGACAAUAUCUCAUUACAAGUCCACGUCUUCUUUAUACAUCUAUACCUAUAGGCGUACAUUAUCAGACAGUAUCUCAUUACAAGUCCACGUCUUCUUUAUACAUCUAUACUUUCAGUGUACAAAGCUGCAGUUUUCCUCUCAUUAUCACAAGUUUAAGUUGAUGUGUUCGUGGGUGUGAAUAUGUGAUGUCACUAUGACAUUGUUUUCUGCUCUGUAUGUAUUACAUGUUAUAUAAACAGUGAUGUCAAUAUAACGAAUAUUAUUUAGUUAGUUGAUGAUUUAUGAAAUAAAAGCAUGCCUGGGGUAUAUACCCCCACUCUAACAACUUAG